ACUCUCUUUGCAUGUCUUCCCCUUCCUUCCACAGUUGUCCUCACAUAUUAGGUUGCCCCGUCCUAAGAAGCAGAAUUAGCCUCUGGAAUCUUGUGCACUUGUUUCUUUCACUCUCAGGAAGGUGGAGAUGACAUGAAGGGACAUCAGACCGAAAAGAAGAAGACACAAAAAUAUCUGAAAAGGACUGACAGGAGAGGAUUUUAGAGUAGCAGAAAAGAUGAAAACGCUGAACAUCAAAACCUCCGCUAUUUGAUGCAGCUGCACUGUGGGCAUGUGGCUGCCUGCGCCGAACACUUCCAUCUCCACUUCCCAGCUGACUAGUCCGAUGUCUGCACUCACGACACUGAGUGCUACUUUAUUUAUCUCUCCUCAGUAACGUGAGAAUACUUUUAUUUAUUCCACUCAAAGGGGACAACACCUCUAUAUCCCUUUAUGCUGGCUGACACACUGACCACUGGACUCUUUACCCGACACAGGAUCACUUCAGCCUCGUGAAGAGCAGAGGUGACCGAUGUGGUGCUCAGGAAGUGUAAACCGAGCAGGGCCGGUCCCUGCCUUCCUCAGGAGCCCGCCUGUCAUCCCACCCCCACUGGACAUGAAGCCCUUCCUCCAGUUCCCGUUGGAGUCUCCCCAUCCAGCCGGCAUCAGCCUCUUCCACAACUUUAACACAAUGGAUCCUGUCCAGAAAGCUGUGAUGACACACACCUUUGGGCCACCCAUAGUGAAGACAAAGCGGCCAAUCAUCUCCUGCAAUGUUUGUCAAAUACGCUUCAACUCAGAGAGCCAGGCUGAGGCCCAUUACAAGGGGAACCGCCAUGCUCGGCGAGUGAAGGGAAUCGAGACAACCAAGACUGCUCGUCUCCAAGAUGGAGACAAACAGCCCCCUCCCACGACUGCAUCACCCUCCCCACCCGGCCCGUCGCCAUCCAGCCCAGAGCCUGAUCCUAAUAAGCAGGAUGACACCCAAUCCUCUCCCAGCUCUAAUGAGUCACCUCUGACUCCCACCCGCCUUCCGACACCCACACUGAGCUCAGCGGAUGCAGAAUGUCCCCUCCUGCCCUCGGUCAGCACACCUCUGCCCUCCUCCCCCUCGCCCUCCGUGGCCCUCAGUACCCCCUCUGCAGAUCCAGCGGCGGCUGGGCUACCUGACACCCCAUCCCCGGCACCUAGUCCGUCUUCCGGAGAGUCAGAGGAGGAGAAAGCCAAGAAGCUUCUCUACUGCUCCCUGUGCAAAGUAGCAGUUAAUUCCCUCUCACAACUGGAGGCCCAUAACAAAGGUACCAAACACAAAACGAUUCUGGAGGCUCGGAGUGGACUGGGACCUAUUAAAGCGUACCCACGUCUGGGUCCUAAACCCAGUCCGGACCAGGGAGGGGAGCUGACCUCUGACCCUAACACUCAGGAACGCACCUUCCACUGUGAGAUCUGCAACGUCAGAGUCAACUCAGAGCUGCAGCUUAAACAGCAUAUAUCGAGCCGGAGGCAUCGGGAUGGAGUUGCAGGGAAACCCAAUCCUCUUCUCAGUCGGCACAAGAAGCGCACAGACUUUAUGGAACUUCCAAAAACACUUGGAGCUGGACUGCUACCAAACCCUCUGGCCAUGGCAGCAGCCAUGGCGGCGGCGGCCUCCUCUAAUCAGCUGGCACUACGUCCUCCUGGCCCAACCUCCCACCCUCACGCCCAUCACCACCUCCUACAGGGAACACCCCUCAGCCUCCUGAGGCCCGCCCCGGGGCCCAUCCGCACCACGCACGGCCCGAUUCUCUUCACCCCGUACUAAUGGUGAAAGAAUGAGGAUGAAUCAUGAAGAAGCACACUGUGAAGCGGAGGCCUGCAACCACGUUCCAUCAAGAGCCAAAACCACAGACUGGUGUGACUCCAGCUGUUGUUUCACUACAAUAAAAUGCGCAUUUACAACUCUUUAUGGUUCAUAUGGUAGCUGCAGACCAGGGCUGUUAUAACAGGGAGAACUGGAGAUAAUGGAAGAAACUCUGAAGAGACUGUAUAUGUUUCCAUCCUUCUCAGUUUCCCUUCAUCACUUCAGUAUCUGCCAAUCAACAGAUGGACUCUGCAGAUACUUUGAAGAGUAAAAACAAAUCUCUAUCCAGCAUGGACAUCUUUCAGCAUCCUUCAAGUGACUAAAUAUCUUCCUCUAACACAUGAUCCACUGUAUCUGAAUCAAAACCCUACCUCUCUUGUGUUUUUUUCAUCUCUGCAAGGACUCAUUACAUAUCCAAAGCACCACCGUUAUCAAAACAUGCCUGCUGGGUUAGAUAAAGUAGUUGCCUCUGAUGUUAGCUGGUAUCAUACUGUAGCUGUCACACUAUAGUGGACUGUACCACUGUAACGUUUUGUUUUUUGUGGCCUAUAAAGAGAAUAACGUACUGACCACUGCAGUACUGUUUCUGACAUUUCUCUGUACUGUAUGUUUAGAUUUACAUAGGUGGCCAACACGGUCUAUAUUUACCUCUGUGGGUCAGAAACGGGAACUGAAAGAGGAACAGCAAAUGACAGAAAUUACAUUAUGUCUUAACACUUUGACAAAGAGGAAGCUGUAACAAAAGUAAUUAUGUGUGGAGUGGUAUGAAGCCAUCAGUGUUUACCUGCAAGGUCGGUGUAAAAAACAGCAAAACGCUGGGCAAAAUAAGAAAAUAGUGAUGGAAGUUUCUUAGUAGUUUUCUAAGUGAAAGUCCUGAUGUAAUCGUCUGUAGUUGAAUUCCCCCCCCCCCCCCAGUGAUUCCCAAGAUUUGCCCCUGAAAACAACCAUGUGAAUCUGUGUGUAGAAGAGUGUCUGAAAAAGCACAUAGAUACAAGUUAUGUGGUGAGAAGUCUUCAUGUAAUUGACUUAAAAUACACUCAAAGACUUAUUGUUUUGUUUUUUUUGUCUGCACCUUAUUGCACAAGACUAAGAGCUUUCAGUGUCUUAAUGGAAUAACAAUAAUAACAGUAUCACCACUGUGAGCGCAGCAGGAAGAUGACUGAUUUCUGAGUUUAACAGCAGGUAUUUGCAUUACGUGCACAUUUAAUUAAACACGAUCCCAUACCAGGAGUGUGAACAGUGGGACGACAGACACCAGCAUUACUGUAUGUUACAGAAGGAAAAGGACCACACACACACAGAUGAGUAACUGUAUGCAAAAUAAA